AUGUCUCGCUUUGAUCCCUUUACCCUUAUUGACCUCUGCUACCGCAUGGUGGACAACCAUGCUCUCGAGGCCACACUCUUUAUCCCCACUAAUCUGUUGUCCCGCUCCCGCCCCGAUGAAAACAACAACAACAACAACAACAACAACAACAACAACAACAACAACAGACACAAAUGCCCCGUACUCGUGCAUUUCCACGGAGGGAGCUUCCUCAUGGGCCACCGCCGCUACGAACCCUGGUUUGCACAAUGGUUCCUGGACCUCGCCCGCACCCACGAGGCGAUCAUCAUUCGACCCGACUAUCGACUCCUCCCCGAAUCGAGCGUGAGUGAUAUUCUCGAGGACAUCAAUCACUUCUGGCGAUGGAUGCAGCGAGAUCUGUCGCCACUUAUGGCGGAUGAAUAUACAGAGUUGGGGUUGUUUCCGGAUCUCUCGCGAGUGUUAUGCUGCGGUGAGAGUUCCGGCGGCUGCUUGGCCGUGUAUUCUGCUCUCGAGUUGAGCUCUAUUCUAUCGACGGAAGACAAAAGGGAGGGCACGAAGAUUACCAUACGGGCGGUUAUCUCCACCUACGCGCCGCUCGACCCCGAUGUUCCGGAACUUCGAAUCCCACGGCCCAGAACGUUCAUGGGAAUGAGGCCUCCCCCGCCCAGACAGGCGGAGGCAGUGAUCAGGAAGUACAUGAAUGGCUGCUCCCAGCAUCCAGGCGCGAUCCGAUCGCGCCAGGAACCGUCCCCAGAACUGUGGGAGUUGUUCCUGUGCAUGGUGCAGCAAUGUUACUUUACUCGAUUGCUCAAGCGCACAGACGGGGGUACUCAUGCGGUCAACAUGGUGGAGAGGAUGGUGGCGAAAGCAGAAGCAGAGCAGACAGUUGUUCCGACGUGGAUUAUUCACGGCCGAGAGGAUACAUUGGAUGACGUGCGGGCUCCUUAUCAAUGUGCGGUGAACUAUGUCCAGCGAUUAAAGGAGGUCUCUCCCAGUACCCCUGUGAGACUGGACGCGUUGCCAGCGGAUCAUCUAUUCGACGUCGAUAUGACUAUAAAUGAGGAUUGGAUCGCAGAGGGAAGGCGCGUUUUCUUGCACAACUACUGGCCUUGAUAGAGAGAAUCACAAGGGAUAUGUGAG